AUGGAGGACCCAGUCAAGCCGAUCGAGGAAGAACUCGGUUAUUUGAGGGACGAAUUCGCGGCGACAAAGCAAGUUCGCGAUGAAUUCGCAAAACAGUCGAUUAUUUAUCAUCAGCUACAGUCUAAAUGCAAAGAUGACCCGUCACAAGCGAAAAUUUCGCGGCCUAAAAACGACAUCCAAAACAUUCCGAAGUCUCAACACGAUGAUCAAAUCCGAGAUCUCGACCGAGAAAUAAAAGAUUACUUGAGCCGAAUCCAUGAUCAGGAGACGCGAUUGCCUGGGAAUAAUGGCCUCUAUCUCCAACUAAUUGUUGGAAAUCUGAAUGUUACGCUUCCUACUUCUGAACUGAAAAGAAAGUACAAGGAAAGUUAUGAAGAGUGGAAAUUAGGAGUUUCCAUCGCCAUCGCUAUCUUUUCCGUUUUCAAUUUGAUCUUCUCACAUCGAUUGACAGAUGCGUUGCACUAUUUUCUUAUUCUUUGGUUUUACUGCACUUUGACGAUCCGAGAGUCGAUUCUCGUGGCGAACGGUUCACGCAUCAGAGGCUGGUGGGUUUCCCACCACUAUGUUAGCGCCUUUCUCACUGGGAUUCAUAUUUUAUGGCCGGCAGAUGCGCACGAAUACAUGAGAUUCAGGACCAAAUUCGUCGUUCUUUCCCUUAUGAUCUCCCUUGUACAGAUCAUCCAAUACACGUAUCAAUCUGGUCUUCUUUACCGCCUCCGAAGUUUGCGAAAAGUCGAUUUCCUGCACAUUACGGUCGAUGGAAUUCCAAGCUGGGCUGUUGCCUCGAAAGACGCGCUCGCUCUCUAUGUCGUCACCCCGUUCUUGAUCAUGAUCUACGCUUACCAAUUCUACCUUUCCGUCGCGCUACUUAUGCUCUGGCUUUCCAUUGAGCCCACAGAUGGUCCUUCCAAUACUUGGCAGCUAAAGCAAGAUAAUAAUUUUGACGCAAAGUUCCCCAGCUUCUCAUUACAGAUCAUUUGGAUGUCGACGCUGUAUUUGAUUCUUGCUCUGGGCAAUUUCUCGACUUUGAUGAUGACCUUGUACAGCAAAAAGAAGCUCAAAGAGCUCAAACCCAAACCGAAUUAA